CACCACCCCUCCCUCGUCUGAUUCCUCUCGCGGAUGCUGCGACCGAGCUCCUGUGCGCGCGGGCUCUCGCAGCGGCUCAACCCCUCCUCCUCCUCCUCCUCCUCCUCCAAAGAUGUCGCAUGAGCUUCUCCUCUCUCCGCGGCGUUUCUUUUCUUUUUUUCUUUUCUUUUUCUUCAGUGUCCUUAACAGUUAACCGAAUUCGGUCAAAUUAGCAGCUGUCACAUCCGCGACCAGCGAGUCCUCGUCCAGGCGCACGGACUGCCCCUCCCCACAACGGAGGUGUUUAAACCCUCAACCCGGCGCAUCCUCUCUCUCUCUCUAGCUCUCGCUCUCUGUCUCUCUCUCUCUCUCUCCUCAACCGCCGCAGAACUCCGCCGACCAACCGUCAGGUGACCGCGCGGAGCGGAAUAUUCAUCAGCACCGUCGUCGUCUUUCAUCUCUUCACUCCUUCGGACUCCAGGCAACCGGAGCUGCCGCAGCCCCGGUCCCCGCUGUAUCCUCUCGUCUGGUCUGGGACAUUCUCCGCUUCACGCACACGCAGAUUAACGGGGAUUCUGCCCCCCCGCCCGCGCGCUGAUGCUGAUGUCCUUGAGCUCGGCCUGCACGGUCCUGGUGGUGCAGCAGUAGCUACCUCUGAACUGGAUCCACUUACUGUCUCUGAUUUAUCAGCCGCCUUUGCCUCGCUCGCCCCUCUCUCCAUCCUUCCAUCAUCCGUCCAUCCCUCUCCUUAAGUCCGUCAGCCCGUCCGUCCGUCCAUGGACCGGCCGUGACCCUGGAGGGAGGGGGACAGAAACGAAGAAAGAGCGGAGUUGCAGAGGAGACGAAGGAAAAGAAAGCUGGAUUCAUUCAGACGUCACGCUUCUGAAGUGCCCCUGCUUGCUGUGCUUCAUCCCCCUCACCCUCCUCCUCCUGUUAUGGAGAACUAAAGGAGCAGUGGGAGGCUAGGCCAAGAUAGUGAGGAGACUAAAAUAAACAAAAAUAAAAUUAAACAAGGGUUUAGACAUAUCGUUAUAAUAACACAUUUUUAAGUAAGAUAUUAAGGCAGAACUGAGAUUCUGACUGUUGAGCACAUGAACACCCCUCCACCAACCAAACGAAAGUGGAACUGAGUUGAGGACAGACUACAGGAGAAAGGAGGACCGAAACAGAGAAAACCCUCACUGAUAUGUCAACAACAGCCACGAUGGGUGAAAUGGCAAACAGUGCAGUGGAGUUUUAUCCUAAAGGGACUCGAGGUGGGGGCGGAGGAGGAGGAAGGGCAGAUGGCAGCCAUGUAGGAGGAGACUUUGGGGUCACGGUGAAGGAGCUCAGGGAGCUGAUGGAGCUCCGAGGGGCCGAUGCCCUGCAGAAGAUCCAGGACAGCUACGGAGACACAGAGGGGCUCUGCCAGAGACUACAGUCCAACAUCACUGAUGGUCUCAGUGGGGACCCAGCAGACCUGGAUCGUCGGUGCCAAACAUUCGGCCAAAACUUCAUCCCCCCAAAGAAACCCAAGACUUUCCUGGAGCUUGUGUGGGAGGCCUUACAGGACGUCACGCUCAUCAUCUUGGAGGCCGCUGCCAUCAUCUCCCUUGGCCUCUCUUUCUACCAGCCUCCUGGAAAGGAAAGCGAAGCUUGUGGGAAUGUGUCAGGGGGUGCAGAGGAUGAAGGUGAGGGUGACACCGGUUGGAUUGAGGGUGCGGCCAUCUUGCUGUCUGUUGUGUGUGUUGUCCUGGUGACGGCGUUUAAUGACUGGUCCAAAGAAAAGCAGUUCCGGGGUCUUCAGAGUCGGAUCGAGCAAGAACAGAAGUUCACUGUUGUGCGGAAAGGAAAUGUCAUCCAAAUCCCUGUGGCUGACAUGGUGGUGGGGGACUUGGCCCAGGUCAAAUACGGGGACCUGCUGCCAGCUGAUGGUAUCUUGAUUCAAGGCAACGAUCUCAAGAUAGAUGAGAGCUCUCUUACAGGAGAGUCUGACCAUGUGCGCAAGUCUGUGGACAAGGACCCAAUGCUGCUCUCAGGUACCCAUGUGAUGGAGGGCUCAGGCAGGAUGCUGGUGACAGCUGUAGGUGUCAACUCACAGACAGGCAUCAUCUUCACUCUACUGGGUGCUGGAGAGAUGGAAGAAGAUGGGAAGGAGAAGAAAGGAAAACAACCUGAUGGAGCUGUGGAGAACAAUCAGAACAAAGCCAAGAAACAGGAUGGGGGUGUUGCCAUGGAGAUGCAACCCCUGAAGAGUGCAGAGGGAGGGGAGGUAGAGGACAGAGAGAAGAAGAAGACCAACGUUCCAAAGAAAGAGAAGAGUGUGUUGCAGGGCAAGCUCACCAAACUGGCUGUUCAAAUUGGCAAAGCAGGUUUGGUGAUGUCAGCCAUCACUGUCAUCAUUCUGGUGCUGUACUUUGUCAUCAACACGUUUGUCGUUGAAGGUCGCGUUUGGAUGACAGAGUGUACUCCAGUCUACAUCCAGUACUUUGUCAAGUUCUUCAUCAUUGGAGUCACUGUGCUGGUGGUGGCUGUCCCAGAAGGCUUACCUCUUGCUGUCACCAUUUCUCUGGCUUACUCUGUGAAGAAAAUGAUGAAGGACAACAACCUUGUGCGCCACCUGGAUGCAUGCGAGACCAUGGGCAAUGCCACGGCCAUCUGCUCCGACAAGACUGGCACCCUCACCACUAACCGCAUGACUGUGGUGCAGACAUACAUAGGUGAUGUGCACCACCGUGUGAUCCCGGACCCUGGACAGAUCAACCCCCGAUCGUUGGACCUAUUAGUCAAUGCUAUCGCUAUCAACAGCGCAUACACCUCCAAGAUCUUACCACCUGAUGUGGAGGGGGGUCUGGCCAAGCAGGUGGGCAACAAGACGGAGUGUGGCCUGCUGGGAUUUGUAUUAGACCUACAGCAGGACUAUGCCCCUGUCAGAGAGCAGAUCCCUGAGGAGAGACUGUACAAGGUGUAUACAUUCAACUCAGUGCGUAAAUCCAUGAGUACAGUGAUCAAGCUGCCUGAUGGUUCCUUCCGCCUCUACAGCAAAGGAGCUUCUGAAAUCAUGCUAAAGAAGUGUUCCUACAUCCUAGAUGCUAAUGGAGAACCACGUAGUUUCCGACCCCGUGACAGAGAUGAGAUGGUCAAACAGGUGAUUGAGCCGAUGGCAUGUGAAGGGUUGAGGACCAUCUGCAUUGCAUACCGUGACCUGCCGGCUAGUCCUGAGCCAGACUGGGAGAAUGAGGCAGAAAUAGUGACAGAGUUGACCUGUAUCACUGUGGUUGGGAUAGAGGACCCUGUGCGACCUGAGGUGCCUGAGGCCAUCCGUAAGUGUCAGCGUGCAGGCAUCACAGUGCGAAUGGUGACUGGUGAUAACAUUAACACAGCCAGGGCCAUUGCUGCUAAAUGCGGCAUCAUCCACCCUGGGGAUGAUUUUAUCUGUCUAGAGGGAAAAGACUUCAACCGACGAAUCAGGAACGAGAAGGGGGAGAUUGAACAGGAACGUAUUGACAAAAUCUGGCCCAAACUCCGUGUGUUGGCUCGAUCCUCACCAACGGACAAACACACGCUGGUCAAAGGCAUAAUUGACAGCAGCAUCAUAGAACAGAGGCAGGUUGUCGCAGUAACAGGAGAUGGAACUAAUGACGGACCAGCUUUGAAGAAGGCUGAUGUGGGCUUUGCCAUGGGUAUUGCGGGGACAGACGUGGCUAAAGAGGCGUCUGACAUCAUCCUGACCGAUGACAACUUCAGCAGCAUUGUCAAGGCGGUGAUGUGGGGACGAAACGUCUACGAUAGCAUUUCCAAGUUCCUGCAGUUCCAGCUCACGGUCAAUGUAGUGGCUGUCAUAGUGGCCUUCACUGGGGCCUGCAUCACUCAGGACUCUCCUCUGAAGGCAGUGCAGAUGCUGUGGGUGAAUCUCAUCAUGGACACAUUUGCUUCUCUGGCCCUGGCCACUGAGCCCCCCACUGAGGCACUGUUGCUACGGAAACCAUAUGGCCGGAACAAUCCACUCAUUUCACUGACCAUGAUGAAGAACAUCCUGGGCCACGGAGUAUACCAGCUGGUCAUCAUCUUUACGCUGCUGUUCAUAGGCGAGCGCAUGUUUAACAUUGACAGUGGCCGCAAUGCUCCGCUCCACUCCCCUCCCUCUGAACACUACACCAUCAUCUUCAACACCUUCGUCCUCAUGCAGCUUUUCAAUGAGAUCAACGCUCGCAAGAUCCACGGAGAGAGAAAUGUCUUCGAUGGCAUAUUUGCCAACCCCAUCUUCUGUUCUAUCGUUCUGGGGACAUUUGCUGUGCAGAUCGUGAUCGUGCAGUGGGGAGGGAAGCCCUUCAGCUGCGCCCCUCUCAAUGUGGAGCAGUGGCUCUGGUGUCUUUUCGUGGGAGUUGGAGAGCUGCUCUGGGGGCAGGUGAUUGCUACAGUGCCGACAGAGCGGCUUCCGUGCCUGAAGGAGGCCGGGCUGGGCCUGGAGCCCGGGGAGGAGGAAGGGGAGGAGCUGGCAGAGGAUGAGGAGGAGAUCGACUGUGCUGAGAGAGAGCUGCGCCGGGGACAGAUCCUCUGGUUCAGAGGCCUCAACCGCAUUCAGACUCAGAUGGAGGUAGUGAGCACGUUCAAGCGAAGCGGUUCGUUUCAGGGAGCGGUGAGACGGCGCUCCUCCGUGCUCAGUCAGCUCCACGACGUAAACACUAUCUCUACCCCCUCUCACAUGCGAGUGGUGAAAGCAUUCCGUAGUUCGCUGUAUGAGGGUCGGGAGAAACCGGAAUCCCGCAACUCCAUCCACAACUUCAUGGCCCACCCAGAGUUCCUCAUCAACGACCUCAUCCAUAACAUUCCGCUGAUCGACGACACUGACGUGGACGACGAAUCAGAGCUCAGCAGAUACCAGCACCUGCACCCGGCCCUCCGCAAGCCGCCACCCCCUCCCACCCAGCCCCAGCCCCCGGCCCGCACCCGCCCCACCCGCCCCUAUCGCCAGUAUAGCCUCCCGGUGACCCCAUGCAACCGAAACAAUAACAACAACAGCAGCAGCAGCAGCAGCAGCAUCAGUUCAACAGUCACCCACGGCAACAACAACAGCACCAAUGCAGUUACUCCCAGCAGCCGGAGCCCCCAUCACCACUACCAACACCACCACAACCAUCAUGGCAGGGACAGGCCGGUGAAACCCUCUGCCCCUCACUUGGCCCAUCUCUACUGCGUGGAGACCUCCUUAUAACUGAGCUGAACGUGGGUCGGGGGGGAGAGGAGAAGGAGAACGGAGUCUUGGGUAGGGGGAGGAAAGGGGAGCGGAAGAGAGGGCUGAGGACACACACAUGACAUUUUCAUCCGUUCUCCCUUAAACAAGCUAACAGGAGGGAGUGAAGGACGAGGGAGGUACAGGAGGGAGUGGACAAUGGCUGGAUACUUCUGCUCACAGCUCCCUGAGAACAUUGCGACUUUUCCCUCCCUUCGCCCUUGCUCUGGCCCUCUUAGUCUGACCCCCUGACACAACACCCCCCCCCUGCCCCUCUCUCAACCCUCGAACCCACCACCCCCGUCCGUCACCCUCCCUGAAGAACCUGCCCACCUCACCCCGCCUGACCUCACGCACACUCGUCACACAAACGCACAGGUCUGCUCUCGCUGUGUUGUCCUGAGCGACGGUGGGUUGGGUAGGGAGGGGGGACGGACAUCCAACAAAAACGACAUCCCUCAGUGCUUCAGCAGAACAGGGCCAUGUGGCUAUGGGGGCUGACUCACUCUGUUUCUAUCGGUGUUCAUCAUUUGUGUUGUUAUCAUUACCUACCUACCUGCUAUGGCACCAUUGUCACCACCACCAUCAAUUAUGUGGCUCGAAUCUACAGCCACGUUAAAAUCACUACUUUGCUUGCGAUAUAAGUAAAAGGCUUUGUUAAAGCUUUAACUAGACUUCAGUCAUUUCCAUCCUCUGAUUUUUUUUUUUUCUGAACAUAAUGGUGCUCAUUCAUUUCUUUCUUUGACAUUGGUUUAUUUAUUUCUUUUCUUCCCUCUGUUUCUUUAAAACAUGUUUCUUUCUUUCACUCCUCUGUCUCUUUAAGUGUGUGUAUGUGUAUUGUCUUGUCUCUUCUGAAAAAAAAAAACAAAAAAACAAAAACAUAACAAAAAGAAAUGGCAACAAAGAUCCUGUUCAUUUAAACCUAAUAGUAAAUAGAAUGGCUGCAAAAAACAACUAAAGGAGGGGGGAAAUACGCACGUAUGUCUAUACAUAAUUUCAGUGCUUGGGAAGCGACAACACAGAACUCUUCAUGUUCACUGUUCUUUCUCCAGCCCCACCUGCCCAAUCCUUGAAUGCCGCCCCAUGAGUCCACAUGACCUGUUAUCUGUAAUACUGUCCAUCCUGCUAUGAGAUGACACAGUGUGUGUAAUCUCACAUUGAUUUUGAUGUAUACAUGUAUACAUGCAGUAGCCCCAUACAAUACUAACUUAAUUUUCAGCCUCCUGCCAUGUUGAUGAAAUGAUGUAAAUGAGUAAGUAUGGGUAACAUGUAUGGACGCCAUCUGGGGUGAGGCCACGGGUGACAUCCUCUUCCGGUCUCUUCAUUCCUGUUUCGGGUCUCAUCAUCUUCUCUCUUGCUGUUCCUCGGCUCAUUUUGUCGUUUCCUAUGCUCACUUUGUCUCAUCUCAUCCCUUCUGGUCUUUCGUCGGUGAGUGUGUGUGUGCACGUCAGCUUUUCUCGGGAAAAAAAGCUGGAUGCUUGUGAAGCAUUAACCCUUUAAAUGCCAUCAAACACACAAUGCACAGGCGAUGGCCCUUUAAGACUAACAUGCACUCACUUCAAACCCACUCAUGUGCCACUGGGUCUUCAUCACGUAACAGUGCCCUCUCCAUGAGUAUUGUGGACAAAGAGAUUGUUUCAUUUGAUCUGUCUGUCAUUUUUACAGACAAGAAAAAAAUAUCACUGUUUAAUGUUGAAAAUCAACCAACCACUGGAGUGAUCAGGCCCAUGUCUAAUGUCAGUGUUCAGUUUUAGCUUUAGGCCCAAAGCCCACUCAGCUCUAUCAGGUACGACCAAUGAGAGCGUAUGUGUCAUGUCUGUGUGUCCUAUACUGUGCAUUCCCCAUCAUCAUGAUGUACACUAAAUUGAUUGGAAUACCUUAAAGGAAUUUUAGAAUUUUAGAAAAUACGCUUAUCUUCUUUUUUGAGAGUCAGAUGAAAAGAUGGACACCAUUCAUGUCUGUACACUAUAUAUGAGGCUACAGCAAGCAGUAGGUUACCUUAGCUGAGCACAAAGAGUGGAAACAGAAGGAAAUACCUAGCCUACCUGCCUACUGGUACCUCUAAAGUGCAGUAAUUAACAUGUUAUUUAUAACAUGUUAUAGCUUGUUUGUAUCUGUAGGUCUUAAAGUCUAGUAGUACUGAAUCCACUUUCCUACCUUAGAGGUGCUGUUGGAAUGAUUUUGAUACUUUAGGACAGAGCCAAGUCUUUAUGCUAAGCUAAGCUGACCAGCUGCUGACUGCAGCUUCAUACUGAAAGGACAGACAUGAGAGCAGUAUCAAUCUUCUCAUCUAACUCUUGGCAAGAAAGUUGGUGAGCAUGUUUCCCAAUAACUGCUGCUUUAAGACAUAUUAUGUUGAAGCUGUCCAGUGUAAAAGGACAUAAAACACUGCAUGAGCACCCCCCCCCAAAAAAAAGAAGAAAACCACAGGAAACACCUGGAUAGUCUCCCAUAUGACGACGGGCGCAACGCUUGUGACAUCACAUUACACCGUCACCUCGCCGAACUUCCACCUUGACAUUCCAUGUGACAUACAUUCCAGACGACUGCAUCACAUUCCAGACUGGGUGUGAGAGUGCCCUCCUGUUUCCCAUAUUGCACUAGGUGUGGGUGAACCGCUGACUUCAUGUUGCCUCGGAGCGUGACUGCAAUGCAAUGCAAACCUGGGCACCCCCUACCCCCACCCACCCACCUUCCCCUCUCCCCGGUUACCCCCUGUUAGCUUCCCCCGAGUUAUUGACUGGUCCCACCGCCAGAGAAAGUUGAGGGCAGACAAUAUGCAACAGACUGCCAUAUCAACACUCGUUCCCAGCCGUAGGAUUAGAAAUACCGUCUAACAGGGAUGAUAACACAUGCAAAACACAGCGAGAGAACAUGUCUGUCCUGCUAGUUCUGUUCAGGAUGUGCGCAGGGCUUUCUGGGAACACCCUUUCCUGUACAGAACUCUGUCUUGAAUGCUCAUCAUCAUCAUCACCACCCUGACCCGACCUGUCUGAGCGGGCGGGUGGUGACAUUGUAUUGGUCUGUCUGUUUUGAAGCAUGCAUUUGGCAUCAUUAAUGUCACUCUUUAUGUGUUGGUAAAUCAUUUAGGCUACUGUCACUACUGUGUGCUAUGAUCUCUCCACAUCUGCUCUCCUCCUCUCUCUCUCUCUCUCUCUUUCUCUCUCGCUCUCCUCUCUCUCUCUCUCUCUCUCUCUCUCUCUCACACACACACACACACACACAAAUCCUGUUCAAGUCUAACCUAUUCUAUUUCAGCACCUCUUAGCACAGCUCUCUCAAUGCUUUCUGCAGUAUACAAAAACACACGGACACACAUACAUACACCAAACAACAGGGGGAUAAUCUACAGUGGUGUAAAUUUGACUGUCCAGUUCCAACCAUCUCUGUCCAUCCGUCCAGCCACGUUACAUCAUGAUGUUGUGAAACAGUUUCACAGAAGGCAAAACACAAUAUGAAAAAGAAUAUAUUAUAUUUAUCAAAAUUAUAAAUUGUACAACUGCACCACUACUGUACAGAUCGCCCAAAUGUGCACAUGUGCAUCUUUGAUUUACAGGUACUAUGUUCCUGUUACACCUUUUUUUAUUUUCGAUGUUUCUUUCUUUUAAUCCUAUUGCUUUUUGUAAAGAGAGGAACAACAAAAUGGAAGCGCUUGUAUAUUAUUAUUAUUAUUAUUAUUAUUAUUAUUAUUAUUAUUGAUUUUCUCCACCGGUGCUCCCACUGAUGGAAAAAGACAGUUGCACAUUCUCCUGAGCAUAUUCUGAGGGCUGUGUUUUCUGUCCAUUGAACAGCCCCUGAAGUGUGCAGAGGUGUGGAGAUGCCUAUAGGUCUCUUAAGACCAGAGACACCACUCUGUAAAUAGAGAACAGGAGAUACAAAUGUACCUCAUUAUGAUCUAAAGGACUGGACAAAGUGGGGACCCAGGGAGGAUGGAGAACUGGAGGGUGAUGCAGAGCUAGAGACUGCAGAAGUGCAAUGCAUCCAUGCGUUGUUUAGGCUGCUCUUUUAGAUCUGCCACAAGUAUUUACUGCCAUGUUACAAUGGGAAGAAACUUUACAUUAUUCAUUAUACAUACUGUUGUAAAUAUUGUGUGUGGAAUGGUCCCCCUUCUUGCACAAUGCAGUGCUGUUCUGCAGACAGAAAAUGCAGCCUUAACUGUGCUGAAAUGAAAAAAGACCAAAAAAAAAAAAAAAAAAAGCAAACAUAAAGACUAUUGAAUAUAUUAAAGAGUUACCUGCCUGUUAUUUAAGCGAAUAAAUAUCUAUAUAUGAGAAAGAACACACCUGUAUACUGUAGACUAAAUCUGUAUGGAAAUCUAAGAGAAUUUAAUGGGAAUUAAGUCCAACACCUUUUGUCUGUAUGAAAGAAAAAAUACAUCAAAGUAUUCUACAAUAAUAACUUUGACAAAGUC